GACCCUGAAAUUCCCUUGGCAGAAAAGCGACAUCUUCUACAUUGGGACGGUGACAUCGCGUACCGGAAAGGAUCAACGAAAAUCAGGGUACCCAAUUACCCUCCUUUGCGCCAGUUACUACUCGAAGAAUACCACGACGUCCUCUACGCCGGACACUUCGGUAGCAACAAAACGCUCACCGGUAUCGCCAAACACUACUACUGGCCCCAUUUAGCAGAAGAUGUCCAGAAAUUCGUCACCUCGUGUGAUACAUGUCAGCGGAUGAAGAGUACCAAGCAGAAAAAGGCGGGACUACUACAGCCUCUUCCUGUCCCAGAACAACCAUGGCAAGUGGUUAGCCUGGACUUCAUCACCGGGUUACCACCUACCUCCAGCGGUCAUGACGCUAUCCUUGUCGUCAUCGACAAAUUCUCCAAAAUGGGACACUUCAUCCCGACACACACGACAGCACGCACCGAAGAAACAGCACAACUCUUCGUUCGAUACAUCAUCUCACAGCAUGGCAUUCCAACCACACUCAUCUCCGACCGAGACCCUAAGUUCACCAGCAAGUUCUGGAAGGAACUUAUGUCUCUCCUCGGGACCAAACUCGCCAUGUCAUCUGCUUACCAUCCGCAGACAGACGGACAGACCGAGCGCCUCAACCAAAUUGUUGAGCAACUCCUCCGAGCAGCCUGCAAGGACGAGAUCUCCAAAUGGGACUUACACCUGCCCGUACUAGAGUUUGCUUACAACAAUACUACACAUGGCGCUACUGGACAGACGCCGUUCUUCCUCUGCUACGGACGCCACCCACUCACUCCACAAAAACCGACAGCAUCAGCUACAGUCCAACCAGCACAUGAUUUCAUCACAACCAUGCAUCAGCUUUGGGAUCGAACCCACAAGCGCCUAGUCGACAUUCAACAGCAACAGAAGCGCCAGGCCGAUCGCCCACAUGUUACUCCUGUUACCUUCCGCUUACGCCUGCCAGCAACCUGGAAGAUUCACAACGCCUUCCACGUCCAAUUUCUGAAGCCUUAUCGGGACCCGAACACGAUUUUCGUCGGACGCCAACCGCCGCCGCCACCGCCCGUCCUCGUCCAGAAUGAACCCGAGUAUGAGAUCGAGUCCGUGCUUGCACACCGCCGUCGUCGGAAUGGCACCGUGGAGCUUCUCAUCCGUUGGAAGGGUUAUGAUCCUUCUGAGGACAGCUGGGUACCUGAUUCCGACAUGGGUAACGCCCGUCGCCCUCUGCAUGACUACCUUAAAGAGCAUUUCCGAUCUACCGUUUCCCCGCACGCAUGCAUCACCUAGAGCAACCUCAAGCACCCCAUUUUCUUAGGUUUUCUUCUACCGAUUUCUUCCAUUUCUUCCUAGCUGAUUUUCCUAGCUCCACCGCUGUUCCGCCACUUCCGCCGCUGCAGUUAGGAUUCCCGUUUUUCUUCCCGUCGUCAUUCUUUCCCUUGUCAUCCG